GUAGGUGCCAGGCCCCGCCCCAGCAGAGGCGGAAGUGGAGCCGCCCCGGGCCUCUCGCGUUCCCGGGGGGACCUCAGCCCAGCGGUGCGCCUGGGCCCAUGGCCGCCUACUCUUACCGCCCGGGCCCCGGGGCCGGCCCAGCUGGAGGCGCGGCGCUGCCCGACCAGAGCUUCUUGUGGAACGUUUUCCAGAGGGUUGAUAAAGACAGGAGCGGGGUGAUAUCGGACAACGAACUUCAGCAAGCACUAUCCAAUGGCACAUGGACUCCAUUUAAUCCAGUGACUGUCAGGUCAAUCAUAUCCAUGUUUGACCGAGAGAACAAGGCUGGCGUGAACUUCAGUGAGUUCACUGGCGUCUGGAAGUACAUCACAGACUGGCAGAACGUCUUCCGCACCUAUGACAGGGACAACUCUGGGAUGAUUGACAAGAACGAGCUCAAGCAAGCACUCUCAGGUUUUGGGUACCGGCUCUCUGACCAGUUUCACGACAUCCUCAUUCGCAAGUUCGACAGACAAGGACGGGGGCAGAUCGCAUUUGACGACUUCAUCCAGGGCUGCAUCGUCUUGCAGAGGUUGACCGAUAUAUUCAGGCGUUACGAUACGGAUCAGGACGGCUGGAUUCAGGUGUCAUAUGAACAGUAUCUGUCCAUGGUCUUCAGCAUCGUAUAGCACUGGCCUUUGCAAAUAGCAACAUGACUUAUGGAAGGAAGACUAAAAAUGCCAAAUCUCCCUUUAAGGAAAUGGGACACAGAUGCAGCUAGAUACUGUUCUUCCUUUAGAUUUUAUAUAAUUAACAUUUGGGGACCCGACUGUAUAUACGUGGAUAAGCUGAUAAGGUUUUUGCAAAUGUAACAAUAGUUGUAAUCAUUAUUGACAUGCAGACAUUUGAUUUGAGACUGUUCAGUUGUGCCAUGAGGUAAGAUAUGAUAAUGUUUCAGAUAUCCUGCAUGCAAAAAAUUCAUCAUGUGCAUUUCUAGAUAGCUCCAGGUCUAUAGUGGAAAUACUUUUAUUAGCCAUUAGGAAUUUAAAAAUAAUACGGAACCUGCACAGAGGCUUUUAUGUGCCUUACAUUUUUUAAAACGGGGUUUAUUGUAUUUGUUUGAAUAUGCAACAUAAGCAAUAAAGCAAAUGCACCCCC